AUGUCGUCCACCGGCGUCGAGCGCGCCGGCGGCCUGCCAAGCUACGGCUACUCCAACCACGGGCGCUUCCCGGACGAGAAGCUCGUCGGCGACGAAAAGGUGCUCGGCGGGCAGUACGGCGAGCCCCUUGAGAGCGGCUUCCGCUCCUCGCUCGACUCGGGCGGCACGCAGGAUCACACCCAUCGCAAGCUCAAGUCGCGUCACAUCCAGCUGAUUGGCAUUGGCGGCACCAUCGGAACCGCUCUCUACGUCCAAAUCGGACGAGGCCUGAUCAACGGCGGCCCCGCGAGCUUGUUUCUGGCCUUCUCCAUCUGGUGCACCUUCAUCCUGGCCGUGACGCUCAGCAUGGCCGAGAUGGUCACCUACCUCCCCAUCUCGAGCCCCUUCAUCCGCUUCGCCGGCCGCUACGUCGACGAGGCCUUCGGCUUCGCCGCCGGCUGGAACUUCUUCGUCUUCGAGGCCGCCCUCGUCCCCUUCGAGGUCGUCGCCUGCAACCUCAUCAUCCACUUCUGGAGCGACGUCGUGCCCGCCGGCGCCAUCAUCGCCAUCAUCCUCGUCCUCUACGGCGUCAUCAACGUCAUGGCCGUCCAGUGGUACGGCGAGACCGAGUUCUGGGCCGCCCUCGGCAAGUUCCUCCUCAUCAUCGGCCUCAUCAUCUUCACCUUCAUCGUCAUGCUCGGCGGCAACCCGCUGGGGGACCGCUUCGGCUUCCGCUACUGGUACGAGCCCGGCGCCUUCAACGAGCUCUACUACGACGGCUCCCUCGGCAAGUUCCUCGGCUUCCUGCAGUGCCUCAUCCUGGCCUCCUUCACCAUCGCCGGGCCCGACUACGUCUCCAUGGCCGCCGGCGAGGCCGAGAACCCGCGCAAGAUCAUGCCGCGCGCCUUCAACGCCGUCUUCUACCGCCUCACCGCCUUCUUCGUCCUCGGCUCCCUCUGCGUCGGCAUCCUGGUCCCCUACAACGACGACGAGCUCACGCGCGCCUUCAAGGACGGCCAGCCCGGCGCCUCGGCCUCGCCCUACGUCGUUGCCAUGAACCGCCUCAAGAUCGGCGUCCUGCCCCAUAUCGUCAACGCCAUGGUCCUCACCGCCGCCUUCUCCGCCGGCAACAGCUACGUUUACUGCGCCUCGCGUUCGCUCUACGGCCUCGCCCUCGAGGGCAAGGCGCCCGCCUUCCUCAAGCGGUGCACCAAGAACGGAGUCCCGGUCUACUGCGUCAUCGCCGUCCUGCUCAUCGGCCUCCUGAGCUUCCUGCAGCUCAGCGCCAACACGGCCGUCGUCCUCGACUGGUUCGUCAGUCUCGUCACCGCCUCGCAGCUCAUCAACUUCGCCUGCAUGUGCACCGCCUACCUGGGCUUCUACCGCGCCCUCAAGGCCCAGGGCAUCAGCCGCGACUCGCUGCCGUACAAGGGCUGGUUCCAGCCGUACGCCGCCUGGUACGGCCUCGUCGGCACCUUCAUCAUGACCUUUGUCGGCGGAUACACCGUCUUCCUGCCCUUGGACGGGUACUGGAACAUUCCCGACUUUUUGUUCUCGUACACCAUGGUCGGCAUCUUCCCCGUCUUGUAUUUCGGCUGGAAGAUCCUCAAGCGCACCAAGAUCUUCAAGCCUGAAGAGGUCGACUUGUACCGGGACAAGGAUGAAAUUGACGAAUACGAGAGAACUUUCGUGCCCACACCGCCUGCGAACAUGUUCGAAAGGAUUCUGGACAAGCUCUUCGGUUGA